AUGUCGCGGCAACCUGACAUGCGCGAAAGACUACAACGAGGCCCGUAUGGUCCAAACAACCCUCCACCGCCUCCCGCCGCACCCCCACCAGAAGCUUACGAGCACAAGCGGACGGCAGGUCGAGGUCGCCCGAACCGCAAAGUACGACAGCGAAGUUACGCAAAAGCUGAGGCAGAGCUUCGUGAAAUAGAGCAAGAGCGCAGGCACAGCCGUUCGCCUGUCCACGAGCCAAGGCGUAUGCGAGGUCGUUCGCCUGCCCGCCCUCGAGACUGUUCUGGUGAGUUGCCGCGAUACCGAGAGCGAACCCCUAUGCGUCGCGAGUCCGUGAGCAUACCCUCUCAUAAAGACAACCGGAGAGAUGAUGGCAUACGAGGGUUCAACGGAGAUUGCAACAAUGACCAGGGCGACGACGUGGGACAGUCUCCAUUGCCCAAAGUUACUGCCGAUGGUCGUUUGUCCGCCAACACCUGGAGUGAUCAAGAACAGUUGGGUGUCUCGCCACUGCGUGCUGCUUACUAUGUUGAAGACGAGGUAGACUGGGGCGAAGAUGACGAUGAUGCUCCGGCCAAGUCUGAAAAGCCAGGCCAGUAUCGUAUCCACCCACAGCGCGAGGCCAUGGUUCAGGAGCCCUUCUUAGGUCUUCCACAUUUCAAGAACGCAGAGGUCGAUGAAAUACCUGCGACAGUGCAAGACCUGCGCGGCUAUGAUCACCGCAUCAAAGUCAUGUAUGAACGCAAACCCAAGAACCAGCGUUUCAUCAAUGGUGGCAAUGGUAAGGUUGCACCAGCACUGUACGGAUCCGAGCAGCGACACGACCUAGGACUCUGCUUCGCUACCUUCCUCACGCGUAAGCGUUGCGAGAUGGGUGUCAAUUGUCCUUGGCGUCAUCAUCCACUGUCAAAUGCGGAGAAGGCCUGGAUCAUCGAGUAUGGCAAAAAGAAGGGCAAAGAAUUCAUCGACAACAACGAUAGGUGGUGGUCCUACCCUGAGGUACCGAUUCCAGGAGCGAAUAUGCAAGGCUUUGGCGACAAGGACACCUAG